AUGUCGUCUGCUCUCUUCGAUGACAUUUUCACGGUCCAAACUGUGGAUAAUGGUCGUUACAACAAAGUCUCCCGAAUCAUAGGUAUUUCAACCACAAACUCUGCUAUCAAAUUGACUCUGGAUAUAAAUAAUGAAAUGUUCCCCGUUAGUCAAGACGACUCAUUAACUGUCACAUUAGCUAACUCAUUAUCCUUGGAUGGCGAAGAUGAGUCAGCAAAUUUCAGCAAGUCCUGGAGGCCCCCAAAGCCAACUGACAAAUCUUUGGCUGACGACUACGAUUACGUUAUGUUUGGGACUGUUUAUAAGUUUGAGGAAGGAGAUGAGGAUAAAAUAAAAGUGUACGUUUCCUUUGGCGGACUUUUAAUGUGCCUUGAGGGUGGCUACAAGUCCCUUGCUUCUUUGAAGCAAGAUAACUUGUAUAUACUGAUCCGUCGUUAG